AUGGGCAUUGGAAGUAGCGCGGCUCACCAGCAACGGGGCCAGGGGUAUCCUUAUGCUACCACCAAUACAAGUCACAAUGAGGAUACCACGUGUACCACUGCAACGACACGACAAAAAGAGAAACGAACGGGCAGCAUGAAUUUGCGGUCAUAUUCCAAGUUGUCGAGCGUCACAGAACGCAUGGUGGAGACGCAUCGCUACACACAACGACUCAUUGUGACGUGUCCCGGCUGUGAACCUCAUUGGCAGGAUGACCAUCCCGAAGUUGUGUCUCUGUUGGCACAAUUGGGUCAAUUGCCUGCUUUGGAAGAAUUGGUCUUGAAUUGUGUUGGAUUGCUCGAAGUGGCAUUUCCCAUCUCUCUAUUGACAGUCAUUCUCGAGGCAUGUCCCAAUCUGCAAUCGCUCCAAUUGGACGAUGUGGCGUGCUGUACUAGCAGUAGCAGUCGCAAUGAAGUACAGGCCCUGGCUCACACAAUCCACAAGCAAGCCACCACAGGAUCCUUGCGAGAAUUUCGUUUCUUUGGAGGCAUUACCCACAUCCACCAUACCAACACAGAUUUAUUGGAUCCACUUUGGAGGGCACUCGCCAAUCUGCAAUCUGUCACCAUGGAUGCGGUUGAAGAUGGACUCUUGGGGGGAGUCACACCAUCCACCCUGCAGUGCCUGGCACAAUCCACCACACUGGAACAAUUGCAUCUCCAUGGAGUCAUUCUCCAUGACACGUGUCUCACCCAGUUAGCCCUGGGCCUGGGUAACCGUAGCACGGCCCUGAAGGACUUGUCGCUCGAUCUCCUCGCCGGUGGUUCCCUGCCGCUCGCUCAAGCCUUGGGUGCCACUACCACCUUGCAAAGACUUCAUCUCACAUUGACACACUCGUGGACCGAUGCCACCUUUUUAAAAGCUCUCGCCCAGGCUUUGUCACAUAGUCGAGGAUCGCUUCUCACGGUCAAAAUUGGAACAUGUGCUGUCCUGGAUGAUGCUACGGCUGCCGUUUUUGUGGAAAUGCUGCAACAUCACAAUCAUGUCUUGGAAGAAUUGCAGUUAGGGCGAUACCGGGGCAUUUGGAAACCACACUUGACGUACUAUCUCAAACUCAAUCGGCAAAAACGGGGGUACUUUCACGCCAACUUUACCAGGCUGACCAAACAACGGUGGAUCGAAGAGGGAUUGAUCCCCGUGCGACAUGAUCUAGAGGGCAUCUUUUACUUUUUGCAAAUGAAUCCCAUCUUGUUGAGUGAGUGA